CAGCUCCUCCCCUCCCCGGGGUUUGUUGUGCUUCCAUGUGACGGUUGGAGGAAUAUGGCCACCUUAGCAACGGCAGAGGAGAGGGAAGAUUCCAGGCAGCAGGAUGACGGGAGUUUUUUCAGUGGUGCGGAGAGAGAGUAUAAUGUGCAAAACUGGAAGAUUAAAGCGGAGCAAUCAAAAAAAGCAGAAUUCUUCCGUGAAGCUGAAAAACUUAAACAUCAAAUAACGCUUAUUGAGAAAGACAGAAAUGGGCUUCUCCAUAACAAGAAAAAUGACUUCCGGGCUGAGUACAGUUCGCUUGAAGAAUAUGAGCAAAAGCUGACAAAUGGCAGAGGAGCAGAAAAAAUGAAAACUCAACAGCAUCUUUCAAAAAUUCAUAACCAUGUAAAGCGACUCCAACUCCAAUUAAAAGAUGUGAAGCCCACUUCAGAGUUUGUAGAUAAACUUAGAGAAAUGAUGGAAGAAGUAGACAACACUAUCAGUGCCUUUAAAGAAGAACAACGAAUAAUUUAUGAAGACCUAUUAAAGGAAGAAAAGACCACCUUCAUUGAGCUGACUGCCAUGGAGAAAAAAAUGGAGGCAUCAUUCAUCAAUCCACCUGAAAGAUCCUUCAAGGCUCCAUCUGGAAAAGCCCUGCCAGAUGGUAUUCUCUCCAGCCAGCUCCCAGAAGAAGUGGUGGCUUUUGAAAAAUUUCUGCAGCAGACUGGAGGCCGUCUGGGAGGAUGGGAUGACUAUGACCACCAGAGCUUCCUGAAAGUGUGGACCAAACACAAAUGUAAGCCCGGUUACUUGGAAGAAGCCCUGGCAUACUUACCUAGCAGGACACGGGAGGACAUCCAGCAACACGAGGCCUGGUAUCAGGAGCUUCUCUUUUUGGAAGAAAAGAAAAAGGAAGCUAUUCACAAGUGGAAAUCCCGGAAACAGCAAGAAAAACAAGAAAUAUCAAAAAUUCAAGAAAAGACCAAAGAAAUAACAGAAUCUGAUAAGCAACAAAGGGAUGAAGCUCAGAAGCAGAAGUUAGAAGAAGAAAGAAGGAAACGGCAGCAGGAAAUAGAGGCCUGGAAGAGGCAGAAGGAAAUAGAGGCUGCCGCAAAGCUUGAGGCAGAGCUAAAAGAAGAGGAAGAUCAGCAGAGAAAACAGAGAAAGGAGCGCCAGCGGCAGCUGGAAGUCAAACUCAUAGUGGAAGAACAUGCAAGAAUCAGGAAGGAGCAAGAAGAGUUUCUACAGCUGGAAAGAGAGAUGAGGGAAGAGGCUGAGAGGGAGGAGAAGAGAAGGCUGGCUGCAAUGGAGAUCUAUAGAUUUCAGGACAGGGAUCAAAGGAAAAUUGAGGAAAAAGUGCAAGAAAAAAGAGCCAAAGAAGAAGAAGUGAAAGAAAAAGAGAAGCGACUAGAGAAAUUAAAAGAAAAGGUACAAGUUCAUGUGGAUAGAGAUCCUUCCAGACUAUGUAAGCUUACAAAAGGAUGGGAAGAGCGCUUCAAAAAUACUGGGCCGUCGGGAACAACUCCACUUUUACACAUUCCUCAUCGGGCUGUCCCAUCAUGGAGGCAAGGUUUAUAGUUAGAACUGUGCCUGACAUUUGAUCCCCAUGACUAAGCUCUGAGGAACGGAGUGAAACGCGUUGGGGUGGUUGAAGUCCAGGCAGAGGUUGCCAUUCACGUACCCAGCAUAGGGACAGGACGGAUGUGCUUACAUUUGAUAUUGUUCAAUAUGACUAUUUUAAGUGCCGCCAAUCCCUGCCCUGAUGUUGAUGCAAAUGAAUGGACUUUUUUUGACUGCAUUUGGAAGUGGCUUGUUUGUGAACUCACUUCCUCUGUGCUUUCACCAGACCAGUUGGCACUACUUUACUAAGGCUCCAUUCACACUUGUAUGACUCCAAAUCACGCAACUUAUUGAGUGCAACUUUAAAACCCCAUUCACACUUGUGUGACUUGUCAUGCAACUUUGGACAUCACC